UAUAUAUAUAUAUAUAGCACCUAUAUAUUUUCAUUCAAUUCCACACCCAACAAAAGAAAAAAAAAUAUAUCAUUUUAUUUCUUCAAUUUUUUGUUGUAUAAUCAAACAUCAUCACAAUUUUGAAGAGAUGGGAGAAAUGACAAGUUUUCAGUUGGGUGUGGUGGGAGCAUUGUUUCUAUCAGUGGCAUCAUCAGUUUCCAUUGUUAUUUGCAAUAAAGCCUUGAUGAGUAAUCUUGGUUUUCCUUUUGCCACAACAUUAACAAGUUGGCAUCUAAUGGUCACUUAUUGCACACUUCAUGUGGCACUCAAAUUCAAUUUUUUUGAGAAUAAGCCCAUUGACAUGAAGACUGUGAUGCUCUUUGGCAUAUUAAAUGGUGUAUCUAUUGGCUUUCUCAAUCUUAGCCUUGGAUUUAAUUCCAUUGGCUUCUACCAGAUGACAAAGCUAGCAAUUAUACCUUUUACAGUAUUAGUAGAAACCCUUUUCUUGAAAAAACAAUUUAGCCAAAAUAUUAAGUUUGCAUUAUUCAUUCUACUUAUUGGAGUUGGCAUUGCUUCUAUUACUGAUCUUCAACUCAAUUUUGUUGGAACAAUUCUCUCCCUUUUGGCCAUUGUUACAACUUGUGUUGGACAAAUUCUUACAAACACAAUUCAAAAGAGACUCAAUAUUUCAUCUACACAAUUAUUGUAUCAAUCAGCCCCAUUUCAAGCAGCUAUACUAUUUGUUAGUGGGCCUGUGGUGGAUCAAUUUCUCACCAAACAAAGUGUUUUUGCCUACAAAUAUUCUCCUAUUGUUGUGGGAUUUAUUGUGUUAUCAUGUUUGAUUGCUGUAUCAGUAAAUUUCAGCACAUUUUUAGUUAUUGGAAAGACAUCACCAGUUACAUAUCAAGUGUUAGGUCACCUUAAGACAUGUUUGGUUCUUGGAUUUGGCUAUACAUUAUUGCAUGAUCCUUUCACUUCAAGAAAUAUUAUUGGAAUUCUUGUGGCAAUUAUUGGAAUGGGAUUAUAUUCCUAUUUUUGUGUCCAUGAAACAAAAAGAAAACAAGUUGGAGACCACUCCUCCAUGGCCCAAGUUAAAGAGAAAGAUACUACUGCGCCACUUCUAGCUGGGAAAAAUGGACAAGUUAAAGAAAAUAACUCCCUUGUUUAAAUUUUAGGGUUAAAAUAAAGAUGUUUUUUGAUGAUCUAAGUAAAGUUCAUUCAUUUCGAUUAUUUUUGUUUAAAUUUCAGUUAUAUAUCAGUGAAAUUCAAUUAAUUUUGUACGA